UAUGACAUGGUUCCCCAAAAAAUUACCCAAAACAAAACCAAAUGCUAACAUUAGGGAAAGUUUCUGUGUUCACUGGGAAACUAUAUUUAACACAAAACCUAUUUGUGGCGUGAUCAUAACAUGGUUCCUUAAUACUUUUUAGACUAAAGGGCCUGGCUGCAAACGGUUUGGGAACAGUUUAUCCAACGUUUUCCAUAAUGUUAUGUUUUGAACGUGAAACGUUUAUAAUGAAUGACUUUCUAAAGUCAGUUAGUACACAUACAUAGUAUUAGAUUAAUGAUGAGUUCCUAUAUAAGUGCACUACAUAGGGAAUGAAGCAACAGCGUGUGCAUGUAGUGCACUAUUCUGUGUGGCAGAUAUUUGAGAUUCCUCCGUUGUCAGUAAGCUACAAAAAAAUAAAAAAAACUUCCGGGCGCGUUUAUAUGACGUGGCGCGAUUCGAUUGGUUGCUUUCAGCGCGCGACAUGGCGAAGUGAUGAGAAGUAAACAGUUUAGGCGUGUUUUCAUAUUUUUAUUUGACUAAUUAGUUGACUGUUAUUGAGUAUGUUUUGCACCAGCAUCUGCGUUUAACCGUAAACGAAAACGUUUAUUUUUAAAUAAUGUCUACGCAUCUGUUUAGUUAAUUUUUUUUUACAGAAUUCAUUCUGUGCAAAGUGCACGAGGAUGGACUGCGUUGCAACCGGAGGAAACGUCAAAGUGCUGGCCAAAGCAAUACACUCCCUUUCUAGGAUUGGAGAAGAGCUUUACUUGGAGCCCACUGAAGAUGGGCUAACGCUGCGUGCAGUGAACUCAUCCCGAUCAGCGUUUGCCUGCUUCCUGAUGUCUCCGCUUUUCUUCCAGAGGUACCAGGCUCCUCCAGACCAAGCCUUCCGCUGCAAAAUGCCCAUCAAGAGUGUACAGACAGUGUUCAGGUCUCUCUCGUCUCUCGAGCGCUCUGUGGAGAAGUGCCGAAUUGAGAUGAACAAUCAGAAGAGUCGUCUGAGAAUCACGCUGCAUUGCAAACAUGGGCUUUUAAAGACACACAACUUGUCCUUUCAGGACUGUGAGUGCUUGCAAGCAGUGUUUGACAAGGACAACUGCACCAACAUGCUCCGAGCCCAACCCAGGUUGUGGGUGGAUACAGUUCUGCAUUUCCCACCCUCUCUGGAGGAAGUGUGUGUAUCAGUGAGCAGCGAUCGAGUUUGGCUCAGGAACCACGUGGAAGAUGAUGCAGACUCAUCAAAAGCCAUGAUGACAGAGUUGUGUUUGAGCUCAGAAGAGUUUGAUCACUUCAUUAUUGGAUCUCAGACCAGCAUCACCUUCUGCCUCAAAGAGCUCAGGGGUUUGUUGGUUUUUGCUGAGACAGCAGGUCUUCCUAUCUCCAUGUACUUUGAUGAGCCUGGCAGCCCCGUUGUCCUGAGUGUGUCUGACAGCGUCUUAGACGCGAACUUCGUCCUCGCUACUCUCUCGGAAGACGCACACCAACGCAACAACAACAAAGCCAACAGACCCCGAGCCGAACUCCCACCCGAUGACUUUAUGUGCGAUGACAUUGACUCGUACCUCAUCGCCAUGGAGACCAGUGACCUCGCUGGGCCGUCCUACGAACCUCAGCCUCAAACUUCCUCCUCCAAUCACAAAAGCCGACUGCUGAGCGACGAGGAAGACGACGAGGAGAAGGAGAAGGAGGAGGAGGAGUCAGGGGAGGGACCGCCCAAUAAAAAGUUCUGCUCGCUUUUCUUUGGCUCUGUGCUGCCGGCUUCCUCUCGACCGACCAACCAGACAAUGCAGAGCCAGGAAGUGCUGGCCAGCGACAGCGAGGACGAGAGACAGUCGGAAUGAACGCUGCAGCAGUGAUGCAACAGGAAACCGUGAGCGAAAGGAGAAAAGACGGAAGGACGAGUUACACCAAGAAAGCUCAUCCCGCACGGAACGUCCUUUUAUUUUAUUGUUGUUUCAGUUCCUUUAAGUUCAGUGUUCUUUUUUUUAAAAAGUCGAAUCAGUGAUGAAGCGGUCAAAACAAGACUAAAACUUAAGGUGUGUCAAGAAUAGACAAUGUCAUCUCUGCUAAUCGAAGUCUUCUGAAAUUUCAUGCCUGACCUUGCAACAGUCAUUAAUGGCCAAUUGAAACAAAUGAGAGACCUGUAAUUGUCUUUACAUGGCUGAUUUUAUUUCGUAAACCAUCCAGUCAUUACCACUAAGGCAUGGGGCUACAUUCUGAUAUAGGAAAUCACAACAUUUACAAAAUAGCAAGGAAAUUUCAUUAAAGGAAACUUUCUAUGUUGCUGGAUUCUUAAUGAUUGGUCAGAUAGGGUGUUGAUUCAUUUUCUAUAACAGCAGCCCAGACAGUAGUUCUGACUCUUAACUCAAAUCACAGGUUUGUAUGAAUUCGUUCCUCCUAAUAGGUUUUAACAGUAAUACGUACUCGUUCACACGGAUAUGUACGGCGGACGCUUCACACAGUCUAAGACUGAUGAUAAAUGGAUUCAAAUUGUGUUAACGAAGAAGAACAUUGUUUAUGUUGUGAAGCUUUCUGUAAGGAGAUGUUUAUUUUACAUUUAUGGAAGGAGUCUCCAGUGUCGGCGCUUAAUGUUUUUCCUCUGGUGAAAGUGUUCAAGACGGAGGACUUUAAGGUAUUUGGUUUCUCAGUAACGUUUUUUUUUUGUCAUAUUAAUUUAGAGAGAGGAAUAUGAGCAUAGAUAUGAAACAACUGUACAUUAAUUAUAAACAUAAAAAGCACAAUGUUUUAUUCAUUACAUAUUGACACGAGUUUGCUGUGGUGUAAGUGGAAUAAAAACAUUUGGGAAUUUGGUGUUGAAGACGAAUAAUCCACACCACCCCAGUGUUUUCCUGUAACCGCAUGCAAGGCCUGUGAG